AUGCACGCAUCAAGCUUGGUCAAGGCUGCGGAGACCCAAAUGCGUGCAGACCAGGAAUGUGAUAUGCAGUACUUUCAUAAUCAUAGAACUACUAAAUUUACGCUGAUUGAGUUCUAUGAAGUUUUUUAA